CCUCCGCGCUGGGACAGCGGCGCGGGGCGCUGGGAGGGGGCGCCCGGCGCUCCCCGUAACAGCGCUCAGCCUAGGACACAUUGCAGCUAUCUUACCUGUGUAUUACAUCAGUGAUAAUGUGUGUGGAAAGGAGUCCAACUGCACUACUGCUUAGUCAGUGAAAUGCACAGCUCUGUGCUAGAGUGCAGUCUUCAGAAGGGAAGAGUCCUGUGCAAUAAGUUUUUUGGUUAGAGCAUGGGAAGGAAGCAAUUUGCGGACUGUCUCUUGCCGUGAAUAGUAGGAUAUUAGUGGUAGCUGUGAAUUGUCAUAGAAGAUUGAUAGCUCUGCCAACAUUUGUCCACAAUAGAAGAUGGGUGGAUUAAUUUCAAGAUGGAGGCAGGCAAAGCCUUCCACUGUAGAAGUAUUAGAAAAAUUAGAUAAGGAAAUACAGACAUUAGAAGAAUUUAGAGAAAAAAAUCAGAGGCUGCAGAAACUAUGGGUUGGAAGGCUUCUUCUGUACUCCUCAGUUGUUUAUCUUAUUACUUGCUUAAUUGUAUAUUUGUGGUGUCUUCCUGAUGAAUGGACAGCAAGGCUGACAAUGACACUUCCAUUUUUUGCAUUUCCAUUGAUAAUCUGGUGCAUAAGAACACUGCUCAUUUUUUUCUUUUCCAAACGGACGGAAAGGAAUAAUGAUGCACUGGAAGACUUAAAAUCCCAAAAGAAAAAAAUACUUGAGGAAGUAAUGGAAAAAGAAACCUACAAGACUGCUAAACUAAUCCUUGAAAGGUUUGAUCCAGCAUCAAGUGCAAAGGAGACUGAACUACCAUCUGCUGGAACAUCUGCAACCCCAAGACCUGGACAAGAAGUUCGUCAGAGGACUGCAGCUCAAAGAAAUGCUUCUGUGCCCUCACCUGCAACUCCUAAGCCAGGCUCUCCAAAGUCCCCAGUUCCAGCAUCUCCUAAUCUGCAGAGAGAGGCUCCGGCUCUGAGCGGGCUCCCGGAAAGAGCGGCGGUGCCAUCCUUGCAAUCAAAUGUUUUACCACGACGCCCUGGAUCCCCUGCUACUUCAGUGCCUGGAAUGGGUCUUCAUCCUCCAGGCCCUCCUUUGGCAAGACCUGUUCUUCCUCGAGAAAGAGGAGUUGUGGAUAGAGUUAUUGAAUAUUUGGUUGGUGAUGGUCCUCAGAACAGGUAUGCUCUUAUAUGUCAGCAAUGCUUUUCUCACAAUGGUAUGGCAUUGAAGGAGGAGUUUGAAUACGUAGCAUUUAGGUGUGCCUACUGCUUCUUCCUGAAUCCUGCAAGAAAAACUAGACCUCAAGCUCCACGACUUCCAGACUUCAGUUUUGAAAAAAAGCAAUCUACAGAAUUGCGUUCUGAACCUGAGCCUCUAGAACCUAGAGAGAGAGAGCCCCAGGAGCCUCAACAGACAAAAGAAUCUGAAGAUGAUGCGGACCAGCUCGUUGAGACAAAUGACACAGAUGAUAAAGCACCAAGUUCUGAGCAUCUAAAUGAUAAGCUAGCUGAAGAAGCUGAAAAAGAAGAAGCAGAAAACAUUUCAGCAACUGAAGAGGCUACUUCAGAGUCUACUUCAGCUGAACAAAGUGAAGAACCUUUAAUAAAAGCAGAAUAAAAUACUUCAAGUGCCUUCUGUAGCUAGUUUUUAGCUUUGUUCAUGCCUGUUGUUACUAUUCAGGUGAGCUUUUUUUUAAUGGUACAACUUAAAAAUCUUGCUUGGGCUUAAACUGCCUCAACUGCCACGGUGUGUCAAAGCUAUAUGUAAAAGUGGGUGUUGUAAAUUAAGCAUGUCUGAGUUAACACAUAGAAUGUGUAGUUGGUUGAAGUCUAACAGUUGUAGCCCUUGUUUAGUUUGCGUAUUUAAAAACUUAAAAGUACAAGCUUUACUAAGGGUGACCUACAGUUUGACAUCUCUUUAGCUGUCACACAUAAAGAGCAAUUCCUGAUGGCAUCUGACCUAGUAAGUUUGGUCUAGUGAACUUAAGAUGCUUUCUAAUGCUGCCCUGUUAAAAUGGAUUGAGUACAUGUUUAAUACACAGAUGUUUACAAGCUAAAGUGUCAUCACAUUUGACUUAAGCAUAUGGAAGUGUCAUUGCAGUGGUGUUAAUAUCAUUUGUUGUCUAACUUUUGGACAGAAUUCAGUUAUAUGGCACUUGGAUAAAUGGCAUCUCCUUUGGUGUUUGCUUUGCAGAUGAACCAGAGGCACCUACAUGCAAAACUGUUUUGUGUUUACAUAAAAUAUAAGAAGUCUCUGCACUUGAUUGUACUUGAAUACAAAGCACUAUUUAUACCUGUACAAUAAUGACAAGAUAUAAGUGAAUUUUGUGCCUUUGUGUAUUUUGUUAAAGGAAAAUAAAGACAUCUAGCAGCAAUA